AUGCCGGGGGGCAGUGCCGGUGGUCUCACCCCACUCGCCGUGCCGCAGAUCAGCCUGGCCAGCCUGCGGCUCUUCGAGGAGCUCCUGAAGAAGCCCCACGAGCACGUGGCACACAGCCUGGCGCUGAGGAACCUGGAGGCGAGGGGCUACCUGCAGCGCGGCCCCCCCGUGCCCGAUGAGCGCGGACCCCCCGAGCCGGACCCCGAUGAGGAUGGGCUGGACCUGGAGGAGGAUCCCUAUUUCACCGACGGAUUCCCGGAUGCUGGCUUCGGGACGGCGAAAAAGCCUCCGCCGGGAUCGGCCCCAUUGGGGAAGGGGCAAGUGAGCGAGGUGGUCAGCAGCUUCCUCUGCCUGGUCCCUGAGGAAGCGAAGACCUCCUCGUGCAUGGAGGAAGGUGGCUACGACACCUACGUGCCCGAUGCCCUGGGCACAGUCCAGGCAUGCCGUGCCAGCGCAGCCCCAUGGGGGCGGCCCCUGGCCCCCCG